AUGGAUGCCCUCGACAUUCUAGAAGCUAUGGCGGCUAACGCGAAUUACGACGCUGAGACCGACGACGCCGAGACUAUGGAGAAGUGGCAAAGGCUGUUCGGCUACAGCGCCGAAGAGGCGAGAAUGAAGAUUGACGAACAACGAGACGACCUCACCUCUAUGGUUUCCGCAGCGCUGUGGGAUGCUGUCAGAGAGCAGCAAGAAGCCCUCGGCCAUGACCGCGAGACCUAUUCUCACUGGCUUCGAAUCCCCCGCACAGCCUCCUCUCAACACAUCACAAGCGGUACCACCGCCAACGUCGGCGCGGAGAACGGGCAAUCCGGCCAAGAAUAUCUAUUGCGCUUGGAUGGUCCGAUCUCGUGCGCACACCAAGUUGCCGAGAUCACCGGACUCACCGCCGCUCCCAAACUUUUCGAAGGAGCAUCGGAGAGAGAUGGGACGGCUGCCAGCUUCUGUAAGGUGGAUGCCGCGACGAAGCAAUCCAUUCUCACCUGGACCCGCGAACAUCACCCAACCUUCCGGCCAAUGUUCGUCAUGCGCUCUCUCGCCCGCAAAGAGUUCGACAUAACAUCGAUCUCGCCGACGCUGGGACAAGACGCCACGCUUCCGCAAUAUCGAUUCACCACAGUUGAGACCUCACCCCGACCUGCGCAGGCAGAGUACCCGGUCUGGUACUUCUUCUAUGGCACGCUGGCCAGCCAGCAAACCCUUCACUCCCUUCUGCAACACUUGGACGGCGACGAUUAUGACCUUGCAAACUACGAGCUUCGGCCCGCGCGAGUGGCUGGAGCAAAGCUUACAAUAUGGGGAAACAAGUACAAAGCGCUGGUUGAUGGGAAUGAGGAGGACGUGGUUGAAGGGUGGGCUUUCUUGGUGAAGUCGGAGCUGCACGAAGAAGCCCUCCGAUCUUAUGAGACGAGUGCUUACGAAGUCGUGCGAUGUCGGAUUAUAUGCGGUGCUGGGUGCGAUGGUGAGGUGUUGCUUGGCUGCACUUUCCGACUUGCGAAGCGAUAG